CGACACCCGAGCACGGCUCCUGGACGCCCGGCAGUUCGGCCUCAAGAUGAUCGCGAACGUCACCUACGGGUACACGGCCGCGUCCUUCAGCGGCCGGAUGCCGUGCGUCGAGGUCGCCGACGCGAUCGUCCAGACGGCGCGGCGCACCCUGGAGCGGGCGGUGCGCUGGGUGGAGAGCGAGGUGGCGGGGGCGGAGGUCGUCUAUGGAGACACCGACUCGCUGUUCGUGCAUCUGCCCGGGCGCUCCAAGGAGGAGGCCUUCGAGCAGGGAGCCCGCAUCGCGCGGGAGGUCACGCGGCAGAACCCCCACCCCGUCGAGCUGCAGAUGGACAAGGUGUAUUACCCGUGCUGCCUGGUCUCGAAGAAGCGCUACGUCGGGCACGCGUGGCAGGCGCCCGAAGACGCCGCGCCGGUGUUCGACGCGAAAGGCAUCGAGACCGUACGCCGCGACCAGUGUGCCGCGACGCAGCGACUCUUACGAGGCUCCCUUGAGACGUUCUUCCGGUCCGGUGGCGACCUGUCGCCGGUGAAGGCGUACCUGCAGGAGCACGCGGAGAGGCUGCGGUCCGGGCGCUUCUCGCUGCAGGACUUUGUGUUCCACCACGAGGUGAGGCCUCCGGACGAGUACCGCGGGCAGGGCCCGCUGGCCGCACAGGCCGUGCGCCGUGACGGCGGACCGUGGCCCUCGCCCGGGCAGCGCGUCCCGUUCGUGGUGGCGGAGGGCCCCCCCGGCUCGCGCCUCAGGGACGUCGCGGUGCACCCCCGCGAGGUCGUCGGCGGGAGCCCUCCUGGCUGCGGGGGGCCCGCCCGAGCACCUCCGCUGCACCUGGACGUGGACUACUACCUCGAGCGCCAGAUCGGCCCCGUGCUCCAGCGCCUCUUCGUCCUGCUCCGGAGCCCCAGCGGGGCCGCCGGCGUCGUGAACGUGCGGCGGUGGCUCUCGGAGGGCCCCCGGCCCCGGCGCAGGGACGUCGCGGCCUCCGCGGCCGCGGGGCCCACGGUGCUGCGGGCCCUCGCGGCCCGCGGGCCCGCGUGCGAGGCGUGCGGGGCGGCGGCGUGCGGGGCUGCGGCGCGGCGGCCGCGGCUGUGCGGAGCCUGCGGCGGCGGCCAGGCCGUGCCGCGCCUGGCCGAGGCGCUGUGGCGGAGGCGCAGGUGGGAGGCUCGCGUGCAGCAGUGCUCCGAGCUCUGCCUGCACUGCGCUGGGUCCGCCCAACGGCCGCCGAUUGCCGCAACAUCUACUGCGACGUCUUCUUCCGGAGGACGACCGGGCAGGUGCAGCUGGAGGCGCAGGGGGGCGCCUGCGGCUGGCCGCUGGCGCUGGAGGACUGGUGAGCCUGCCGGCCUGGGAAGCCGCUUGCGACCGUGGGGGUGGCCCUACAGCUUGGCGGAGUAGCUUUCGUCAAGCCCCCCAAA